CUCUCCCACCAACAAUAUCAACAACAACAACCGUGGCAUCCCAAACCACCUCCUCUCCCCUUCAGACUCUUCUCUACAACAUGCAGUUCAAGCGCUCUAUCACCUCCUUUGCUCUGGGCCUCAUCGCCUUGAUCGCCCUGGCUUCCGUCACCCAGGCUCACGUCGGCCUCCAGCGCCCCUGCGUCCGUGGAAGCACUCUCGCCGGCUGCCCUGCUGCCUCAAAUGGCCAAUACAUGGACUAUGACCUCAACUCCCCGAUCGGAGUCCACGACAGCCAGAACGCACCCCUGUGCAAGCAGACCAUCGCAUCUGCCACCCGCACCACCGUCCAGGCUGGUAAGAACCUCAAGACCGAGUACUCUAUCGGCGCUGCCCACGGAGGUGGACACUGUCAGUGGGCUCUGUCGUACGACAACGGCAAGACCUGGGUUGUGCUCAAGACCCUGAUCCGCAGCUGUCUCCAGAACGUCAACGGACCCUACUCUGUCAACGUCCCAAUCCCUAAGAACGCACCCAACGGCAAGGCCACCUUCAUGUGG